AUGGCUAAAGCUGAGGGAAGCUCUAAAAAGAGGAAGAGUGUGGAUGUUUCUCACUCUGCAAGCUCUAAAGCAACUGAAGUAGAUUAUGGUGGCGAUGAUGAAGCAACAACUCGUCCCCCGGGAGUUAAGGCAGCAAAAGCGCAUUCUAGGAAGCCGCUGGUUGAUGGGAAGGAGCUGGCGAAGUUUCAGACAAUGUGGAGCAUGAAGAAGGAGGAUUUGGCUUUGAAAGAAAGGUUGUCUAAGAUCAAGCUACUAGACACUCUCAUUGCUAGACAAGGAACACUCGUGGACUAUGAAGAAGAUUUGAAGAAGAGACUCAUUAAUGAGUUGAUGCCUAAUUAG